CCCUCUUUCCCAUGGAAAGCAGCAUAUAAGUUGAGUUAAAGACAGAGAAAAUGAGCGCUUCACACAGACUGAGCUAAUUUCUGUGCGCAAAGAGAGAGAGAGGUGGAGAGCCUGGAGGGGCUUUUUGGAAGCUUUCGAAAGCACCAAUAAAGCAAGUAGCAUGUUCUUGACAAGAACCCAAAGGGGAAGAGAGUGAAAGAGGAGCAGCUGUCGGAGGAGGAGAGUGAGACAAAGACGGAGUAGGGGGGCUGUCCUUGCUUGCUCUUCACUCCGAAGUCUGAAUGUGGGAGGAGGCAGUGCAGAUCAGGACCAAGAAAAGAAAAGAGCAGUAAGGAAAAUGUUUGGCAUGUAAAAAAAACACAUCUGACAGCUGUGUGUUGUGGAUAGUUUCGGGAAAGCACCUUUGUGUGUGUGGUGUGUGUGUGUUUUUGAGGGGUCGGGGACCAUGCUGCAAGGGAGGACUGUUCCCUGGGUCUGCACGCUUCUGCUGGGGCUCAUGGGGCUCCCGGCGUCGGGCUCCGACUUUCAGCAUCACCGAUACGAGGACAUGGUGCGGGAGCUGUUUGCGGUGCACAGCGACUGCCCCUACAUCACCCGCAUCUACAGCAUCGGGCGCAGCGUGGAGGGGCGCCACCUCUACGUGCUGGAGUUCAGUGACAACCCAGGGAUCCACGAAGCUUUGGAGCCGGAGUUCAAGUACGUGGGCAACAUGCAUGGCAACGAGGUGCUAGGCCGUGAACUCCUCAUCAAGCUCUCGCAGUUUCUCUGCGAGGAGUACCGGGCCGGAAACCAGCGGAUCACGCGGCUGAUCCAUGACACACGGAUCCACAUCCUGCCCUCCAUGAACCCCGACGGCUAUGAAGUGGCAGCCAGGCAGGGUUCUGAACUGAACGGAUAUCUGGUGGGUCGGGGAAAUUCCAGAGACAUUGAUCUGAAUCGAAACUUUCCAGACCUGAAUUCACUGAUGUAUUACUACGAGAAAACCAACGGACGAAACCACCACCUUCCUCUGCCAGACAACUGGGAACAUCAGGUUGAACCUGAGACUCUGGCAGUCAUAAAAUGGAUGCAAAACUACAAUUUUGUCUUGUCGGCCAAUCUCCAUGGAGGAGCAGUGGUGGCCAACUACCCCUUCGACAAGUCACGAGACGCUCGCAUUCGAGGGAGGACCACGUACUCAGCCACUGCGGAUGACAAAAUCUUCAGGCAGUUGGCGAGGACGUACUCGUACGCUCACAGCUGGAUGCACUUAGGCUGGAACUGUGGAGACUUUUUUAACGAAGGCAUCACCAAUGGAGCCAGCUGGUAUUCUCUGUCUAAAGGCAUGCAGGACUUUAACUACCUGUACACCAACUGUUUUGAGAUCACUCUGGAGCUGAGCUGUGACAAGUUUCCUCCAGAGUCGUCGCUGCCCAGAGAAUGGCUUGGCAACCGAGAGGCGCUGAUUUCGUACCUGGAACAGGUGCAUCAUGGGAUAAAAGGCAUGGUGUAUGACGAGAACAACAACCCAGUCAGUAAAGCUGAGAUUGCUGUCGCUGGGAUUAAUCAUGAUGUCACAACCGGCGUGGAUGGCGACUAUUUCAGACUUCUGCUGCCAGGAACGUACACCGUGAAAGCCUCCGCUCCAGGUUACCUAUCUUCGUCCAACACAGUGACGGUGGGACCAGCUGAGGCUAUCCAGCUUAAUUUUUACUUGAAAAAAGCUCCAAAACAAAACCUAAAGGGGAAGCACCAACAUGGGAAGAAGAGCAUCUCCGCCCACAAGGCGUCACUGAAGCUCGGCCCAAGAUGAAACAUGCACAGAAACUCACUCAGAAGUUAACCCAGAGACAGAGGAGGCAUACCCAGCAUAUUAAUUAUGUAAAUGAUACAUGUUCAUGAUAUAUCUUUGUAGUCUUAGGGUAAUUAUGGAAUAGAAACAUUAUUUUCUUGUUGAUUAUAAAUCGUCACAUCUAUAUGAAAGGAUUGUUCCAAGCUCAAUGUAUUUAUGUAACAGUGUUGAUAUGUAUGAACACAACUGUUUGUGUAAAGGGAAAAAAAGUAACUUUUUUGUUGUCUUGGUUACGCAAAAUUUGACGAGGACUGUAAAAGAAACUAGAAAAUUCCUGAAGAAAUUUAACUGGGGCCUGCCAAAGUGUGCCCGUCGGUUUGGACCCAGCGUUCUGAUGCUAAGAAUUUGCAUCAAUGCUAAAGAAAGCUGCAAUGUAAUCAAUAGCAUGUGGAGAAUCACAAGAAUGUUAAGUAAGCUGGACAUGCAACAUUCAGUAUGAUAAAGCAAGUGCAUUAGCUAAAAUGAGCAAAUAUGCUAAUGUAAGCAUAAAUACUUUCAGUAGCAUGUGGGGUAUAAUUAGAAUGUUUACUGUCAUUUACUUACUCCAUUAAGUAUACUAAACAUGGCUAAUAAGUCUGAAAAAUAGAAAAUAGCUUAUUUAAGCUAAAAGGCUAAUGCUAAUGAACCCUAACCUUCGAUAAACAGAUAAUGCAGAAUGAUAUCACUGCACCGCCUCUGGCGGUGCACUGUCCAGAGGGGCAUUUUGAGGCUUUUAUUUUGAAAUUUGCAGUAAGCUUCAUAUUAAAUGCCCACACUAAUCCAAUGUGUAAGAGUGCUUUGGAUAAACCAGUCACAUAAAGCCAAAAAGAGCAAUUACAUGAUGUAAAAAUUCCCAAGGCUUUUAUUUUGAAAUUUUUGUUAAGCUUCAUUUGAAAGGGUCAAAGUCAUCCCAUGUGUAACAGUCAUUGGAUUAAAUCAGUCAUAUAACGCUCAAAAAAGCAAUGACCUGAUGUAAAAAAUUUCAAGGGCUUUUAUUUUGAAAUUUUCAGUAAGCUUCAUUUCAAAGGGCUAGACUCAUCCCAUGUGUAACAGUGACAGGGUUAAAUGAGUUAUAUACAGCCCAUAGCAGCAAGUUGUUGUAAAGGCCAGCUCAGUCCUCCUCUGUUUUAACUGAACUACUAGUUCGAACUACAGUGAUGCGUAUUUGUAGUCCUCAGCAGCUCUCCCUGCUCUGGGUUCCGUUGCCAUGGUAAAUAAUCCUCUCUGCCAGCUGUGAGUGAGACAUCCAGGGGGAGACAAUUCUCUGUUUGAGCCAGCCAGUUUGACUAAAAAAAGCAUUGCAAAAAACAGUUUCCCGUUCGGGAACCGUAAUACAUAUUCGAAAACCGUUUGAAGCAUAUAAGAGGGCUAUUUGUCGUCUCACAUAGUCCCGCCAUUCAUAUCUCUACCUCACUCACAGUAUUAACAGCGAUGAGAUAAAAAAAGUGUGUGCCAAGGUCUGAAAUUUUUCAGAAAUACAUGGAAGUGAAUCAGUGAGAUCUGUCUGCUACCCUGGCGCAUGACUUUGCUCUGAAGCACCUGGAGAGAAAACUGUAGCGCUUAGAUAAUUUUGAAAACAUUUGACCGGAGCAGGCACGCGUAUCAAUGUCAUGACCAAGAUUGCUCCCAAUCAUGCAAUAUGCGUGAGCGAGAGGGCGAGUUAACAAAAGAUUUGGGGUCAAACUGUCGCUCUGACUCUCCCUCGAGCCGAGCGGCCUUCCCACUCUGAUUUUUCAAAACAUCAAAAACUUUGGGUCGCUUAGUAAGAAGUUGUGGACAACCCAUAAUACAUAUUGACGUGCUGUCUUCACUUUAAAAGAGAUAACGGACGUAUCUACAAAAUGAAGUUUGAAUGGCGUUUCUACAUAAAGUUAUGACGACACAGAAAAUCCUCAAAAAUAGGGUAUUUUCAGGAUUUACUGGUUGCCUCAUCCCCUUGACGACGAGAGAUGCACCUGGUGAGCUCGUUAGUGAUUUUGGGGUCGUUUUUUGCUUUUUACGUCGCCAUGGUAACUCCAAAUCCCACCAAAAGUAAUAGCACACCUCACGGGAUCGAGCUGCACGUUUUGAUACCACUUUUGUGGGUGGGCUCGCAGCGGUACGAGCCGCAUUCACGGUGACGGAAGAAUAAGUUAAGAAUAAUAAAGAGACAUUCUAUUGGGUGUAGAACAAUAGGUGCCUGCCAUGCAAUGCAUGGAGGCAGUGACUGACUUGCUUCGCAAGUCAGUCACUGCUCUCCUUAUGCAUUGCUAUGGGCAGGCCCCAAAAAUUCCUGAAGAAAUUUAACUGGGGCCUGCCAAAGUGUGCCCGUCAGUUUGGACCCAGCGUUCUGAUGCUAAAAAUUUCCAUCAAUGCUAAAGAAAGCUGCAAUGUAAUCAAUAGAAUCAAUAGAAUCACCAGAAAGUUAAUUAAACUGGACAUGCACCAUUCAGUAUGAUAAAUUAUGUGUAUAAGCUAAAAUGAGCAAAAAUGCUAAUGUUAGCGUGAAUGCUCUCAGUAGCAUGUGGGAUAUUAUUUGAAUGUUCCCUGUAAGUUACUUAAUUCCUUCAGAAUACUAAACAUGGCAGAUAAGUAAGAAAAAUAGGUAAUAGCUUAUUUAAGCUAAAAGGCUAAUGCUAAUGAACUGCCUUGCUACGCAAGGCAGCUCCCUAACCUGAGAGAACCAGAUAAUGCAGAAUGAUAUCAUUGCACCGCCUAUGGCGGUGCACUAUUCAGAGGGGCAUAUUGAGGCUUUUAUUCUGAAAUUUGCAGUAAGCUUCAUAUUAAAUGCCCACACUAAUCCAAUGUGUAAGAGUGCUUUGGAUAAACCAGUCACAUAAAGCCAAAAAGAGCAAUUACAUGAUGUAAAAAUUCCCAAGGCUUUUAUUUUGAAAUUUUUGUUAAGCUUCAUUUGAAAGGGUCAAAGUCAUCCCAUGUGUAACAGUCAUUGGAUUAAAUCAGUCAUAUAACGCUCAAAAAAGCAAUGACCUGAUGUAAAAAUUUUCAAGGGCUUUUAUUUUGAAAUUUUCAGUAAGCUUCAUUUCAAAGGGCCAAACUCAUCCCAUGUGUAACAGUGACAGGGUUAAAUUAGUUAUAUACAGCCCAUAGCAGCAAGUUUUUCUAAUGGCCAGCUCAGUCCUCCUCUGUUUUAACUGAACUACUAGUUAGAACUACAGUGAUGCGUAUUUGUAGUCCUUAGGAGCUCUCCCUGCUCUGGGUUCCGUUGCCAUGGUAAAUAAUCCUCCCUGCCAGCUGUGAGUGAGACAUCCAGGGGGAGACAAUUCUCUGUUUGAGCCAGCCAGUUUGACUAAAAAAAGCAUUGCAAAAAACUGUUUCCCGUUCGGGAACCGUAAUACAUAUUCGAAAACCGUUUGAAGCAUAUGAGAGGGCUAUUUGUCGUCUCACAUAGUCCCGCCAUUCAUAUCUCUACCUCACUCACAGUAUUAACAGCGAUGAGAUAAAAAAAGUGUGUGCCAAGGUCUGAAAUUUUUCAGAAAUACAUGGAAGUGAAUCAGUGAGAUCUGUCUGCUACCCUGGCGCAUGACUUUGCUCUGAAGCACCUGGAGAGAAAACUGUAAGCGCUAGAUAAUUUUUGAAAACAUUUGACCGGAGCAGGCACACAAUGUCAUGACCAAGUUUGAUACCAAUCAUGCAAUAUUUGUGAGCGUGAGGGCGAGUUAAAAAAUGAUUUGGGGUCAAAAUGUCACUCUGACUCUCACUCUAGCGGAGCGGCCUUCACACUCUGAUUUUUCCAAAAAUCAAAAACUUUGGGUCGCUUAGAAAGAAGUUGUGGACAAACCAUAAUACAUAUUGACGUGCUUUCUUCACUUUAAAAGAGAUCACGGACGUAUCUACAAAAUGAAGUUUGAAUGGCGUUUCUACAUGAAGUUAUGACGACACAGAAAAUCCUCAAAAAUAGGGUAUUUUUAAGAUUUAGAGGUUGCUUCGUCCCCUUGACGACGAGAUUUCACCUGGUGAGCUCGUUAGUGAUUUUGGGGUCGUUUUUUGCUUUUUACAUCGCCAUGGUAACUCCAAAUCCCACCAAAAAUAAUAGCACACCUCCCGGGAUCGAGCCGCACGUUUUGAUACCACUUUUGUGGGUGGGCUCGCAGCGGUACGAGCCGCAUUCCGGGUGACGGAAGAAUAAUAAAUAAUAAUACUUAAAGAGACAUUCUAUUGGGUGUAGAACAAUAGGUGCCUGCCAUGCAAUGCAUGGAGGCAGUGACUGACUUGCUUCGCAAGUCAGUCACUGCUCUCCUUAUGCAUUGCUAUGGGCAGGCCCCAAUUAAAAGAAUGUUUUUACAAUUUUUCUACCAGCUCAAUGAUUUAUUCACUGAUUCUCCUUUCAUAUUCAUGUUUGUGAAAGGACUGUAAAUGUGUUUUGCAUAUAGAAAUGUACGAAAUUCUAAGUAAAUGCAAUAUAAAAAUUAAGAAUAAAACUGCCUGAAUUCUUAA